AUGUCCAUCACACUGCUAUGGGCUGUGGACGUAUACGGGCGGGUAUACAGCGUCUCCACCGCGGGCCAGCGAUGGGUGCGUGCCGACGACUCGCUCCUGGAGCUCAAACGCGUCACCGCAGCGAAGGGGCGCUGCUGGGGCAUUGGCUGCGACCACCACGUGUACCUUAACGUGAUCCCCCACGAGACCCCCAUCCGCUACAAAGAGGAGACUUAUGAAAACCAGAGGUGGAACCCGGUGGACGGCUUCACGGAUACGCUGCUGCCAACUGACCGCUGGCCCUGGAGCGACGUGAUGGGAAUGAAUCCUCAACCGCUUCACGGCUUCCAGUUGCCGUCCCGCAGCUGGGAGUGGGAGGGCGACUGGUAUGUGGACCAAAGCUGCGGAGGAGAGCCCGGCCAGAAUGGGGGUUGGGAAUACGCUGUCGACUUCCCUGCUAACUUCACCCCCGACAAAAAGUGGAAUUCCUGUGUGCGUCGUCGGCGCUGGAUCCGCUAUAGAAGAUAUACGGCACAAGGCACCUGGGCAAAGAUCCCCUUGGACCAUCCCAGGAAGCCCCCGCUACCUCUGUGUGACAUCAGUUGCGGCGGCUGGGAGUUGAGCGACGAGUCGGGGAGGUAUCCUUACCUUUGGGCUGUGUCUCAACAAGGGCAGGUGUGGUUCAGGGAGGGCAUCCACCCACGGGUCCCGGAGGGCACCAACUGGGAGGAAGUGGAAACACCUAAGGAGGUGGCACAGUUGACGCUUGGUCCCAGAGACCUGCUGUGGGCUGUACUUUGGGACGGCAAUCUGCUGGUCCGCACUGGCCUCAGCCUUGACAGCCCCACCGGCACGUCGUGGGCAGAAGUGGAAUCGCCCGCCAAGGAGGUGGAAACCCUCCAUGUGUCUGUGGGAGUCAAUGUUGUGUGGGUGGUCACCAAAGACUACAAGGUGUGGUUCAGGCGAGGUGUCAAUUCCCACAAUCCCUGUGGCUCGGGAUGGAUCAGCAUCGUCGGUGAGAUGAUGAUGGUUGACGUCGGACUCAAUGACCAGGUUUGGGCUGUCGGUGAGGACCGCGGCCUGUAUUUUCGAAUAGGGGUGACGACAUCCGAACCGAGCGGCAACGGCUGGAUCCCCGUUUCUGCAGAGUGGGGCAACAGUAAAGACAAUGUCCCACCCAGCGUCAGGUGCAAGUUGAGCAACCAGCUGACGGAAGCCUCAGUGGUGAGCUGCGCAGACUCCGAUUCAGAGUUGGGCCCGACAGAACUACCAAUCAGCACAAAUGACGCCCCGAUCCUAGAAGCGGAAGUCACCCCUGUCGCCUCUCUAGAGACACAAGAUGCUCCCGCAGCAUGCAAAACCUUCAUCCCCACCAGCGACAGUUUCAUCAAUAGCCUGGUGUCAGACCGCGACAAAACCUCCGCCAACCAACAAUCUAGUGUGCUGCUCGAGGAGGAGGGUCGCUUCAUCACCAGCCCAGAGGCGGCAGGUGCCGCGACCCCUUGGAGCAACGUGGACCUGGAAGGCGGGGAAGCAGCUCGAAGCACGCAAGAGGCGGGGCCUCGUCCGGACGAGGCUGGCGCCCCCUACGGACUGGGUUUGGGAGGUGUGCAGGGCGUCGGGGAGGAGGACGCUCCCGUCUGGGCUUGGAUCUCAGGAGGGGGCUGCAAUGUGGAUGCCGACUCUCAAGUCAGCUGGCUUAGUGCGACAGGCCCACUGGUCAGCUCUUUGUCGCUGACCCCCGUGCAGUCUUCAGCCUGGAGCGAGCAGAAGCACAAAGAGGAGAUCAGCAAGAAACCUCUGGAAAGAAGCAAUUCUGUUUGGGUGCGGAAAGGCACGCUCCGCUGGUGGCGAGACUGGAAGCCACAGCGCUGGGUGGACGUGGCCGUGGCUCUGGAACAGUCCACCAAGUCGGACGGGAAGAAAGACAGCAUCUUCUUUGUUUACUACACGCAGUAUGAUGAAAAAAAGUAUCUUCACAUCUUUAUCAGCGAAGUAACGGCACUGGUUCCGGUUCUGCGGGACUGCCACUACGCCUUUGCUGUGUACACGGGCCACAGGACCAGACUGAGGAGUCCGUUGAUUCUGGCGGCCCAAACGGAACAGGACAUGGCCGACUGGUUGAGCCUGUUGUCCGAUGUUUGCUGCGAGUGUUGGGGAAUCGUAGCGCCCCCGUCCAAACAAGCCUUGUGGUCCACGACGUCCAAAGGCGACGUUUUCGUCCACGAGCCAUCUUUUUCCCUGGAGACAGCCGCACGCACGCCGUCGUGUGACCUCAUGUUCUGGCGCCAAAUCCCAGGCCACCUGCGUUGUGUGGAGACUAACAGUCUGGGGCUGGUGUGGGGCAUCGGGUGGGAUGGCUCGGCCUGGGUGUACAAAUCAGGUUCGGAUCUCGCCAACGAACAGACCGACGCUAGGAGCGUGCACGUCUACGAGAAUCAAAGAUGGAACCCCGUGACUGGCUACACGGACAGAGGCCUUCCCACCGACCGCCCCAUGUGGAGCGACGAAAGCGGACUGAGGGGGUGCAGCAAAGGCGAUGCCCAGACGCCUUCCCCUCAGUGGGCAUGGGUAUCAGAGUGGGCCGUGGACAACGACGUUCUUGGUGGGACGGACAACGAAGGAUGGCAGUACGCCGCCGACUUUCCCGUAACGUUUCAUGGCCACAAAACACUGAAGGACUUUGUCAGGCGCAGACGUUGGAGCAGGAAGUGCAAGAUCACGCUCAGAGCUCCGUGGCAGCCGGUCCCGCCCGUGCCUCUGUGCGACAUCUCCAUCAUGCCGUGCCUGGCCCAUAGCAGCAUGGAGCAGGUCCCGCUUUGGGCCAUCAGCGACAAGGGUGACGUGCUGUGCAGGCUCGGCGUCACCCCACAAAACCCGGCGGGUGGUUCGUGGCUUCACGUGGGCACCGACCAACCCUUCAAGUCCAUCUCUGUGGGCGGAGCUAAUCAGGUGUGGGCCAUCGCCAAAGACGGAGCAGUCUUCUACAGGGGGUCCGUGUCACCCCAAAAUCCUGCAGGAGAAUGCUGGUAUCACAUCCCGUCUCCGUCGAGGCAAACUUUGCGCCAAGUGUCGGUGGGCCGCACGUCCGUGUUUGCGGUGGACGAAAACACUAACCUCUGGUACCGGCAAGGUCUGACCCCGAGUUACCCUCAAGGCUCCGCUUGGGAGCUCAUCUCCAAUAACGUCGCCAAAGUCUCGGUGGGACCGUUGGACCAGGAAAGUACAACCGCGCCUCAACAUGUGUGGAUGAUAGCGGAGGGAAUGCCGGGUUUCCCCGCCGAGACGCCCGGCGCCGUUGCUCACAGGCUCGGGGUGGGACCCGUGCGGCCCAAGGGCCAAAUGUGGGACUAUGGUAUCGGGGGAGGGUGGGAGCACAUCAGCGUGCGGGCUAAUUCCAUGGAGCCCCCGAGGACGCAAAACCCGCUUCCUGCCGGCCCGCCGCGCAGCCCCCUCACAACGCGGGUCAACGGGGCGGCUGUGGGUGUGUAA